GUCGUAUGUGAUAAUUAUUUGCUUAUAAAAAAAUACGUAUCUCUAUAAACCCUGCUGAGCGACGUUUUAUAUAGCCUGCUUCCCAUGCGGAUAUCUGUUACUUGAUCGAGAACCAAGCAGACUUCGGGAGACUCGACCACGGAGAGGACCAGCGACGACGCCCAAAGAUAAGCUUGUGAGUCUAAGCUCCAGGUUAAAAUAUAUGCCGCCACAGAGCCCGGAGGUGGGCUCAUUGCUCAUACGUCGUCACCUGCGGCUGCUUAGCUUAGAUUCUAAAAAAGCUCUUCUACGACAGUUUAGAUCCUAGAAGAGCUCUUUUUGAAGGUCGGCAGACUAGCCCGACAAGCAAGCGCAAACUUCCUGCUUCUUUCACGCUACUUCUUUCCCGGCGCUUUGCUGUUGCCAUUGGUGUCAGUCUAGUACAAGUGGCACUCACUGCAUCGUUCGACACCAUUAUUCCCCUCUUCGUCCGCGAUACUUUCGGAUGGGAUUCAAUCGGUGCAGGCCUGAUUUUUCUCCCAAUUGCGAUACCCGCUGCGGUAAGCCCUGUGGCGGGAUAGAUGUCAGACCGAUAUGGCCCGCGUUGGGCUAUGUGUCAAUAUAAUCUUGCCCCCUGCGAUGGCCGAGAUCGCCUACGUUAUCGAAGCGAAGGAAAUGAAGGAGCCAGGAGGUCUCGUUGGUUCGCUUUGGGCCGGCAUGAUCAUUGACCGGUCGGGAUGGGGUACUGUGACAUGGACACUAGGAUUACUGAGUGCAGUAACUGCGAUUCCAGCAGUCGCUUGGAUGGGUGGCAGGCUUCGGAUGGAGGAGAUGAGAAAAUGGGAAGAUGCAGAAAUUCCAGCGGACACAGCUAGUUGUUAG